AUGAAUAAUAGUGAUGCGGGGAGUUCGAUGGAACAAUUGUUGAAGAUGCCUGUAUACGUGGGCUUGCUGAUUAAGACGGCGGCCCAACUGAUGUCGCACCCAAUGGAGCUAGUUCGAGUGAAUAUGCAGGCGAACGUAAUCCACCACAGUCGACUGAGCAUAAAUCAUAUGUUCCGGCUGAUGGCCCGCCAUGGAUUACCUGGAUUUUAUUACGGCAUUGUGGCCUCUUGUCUACGCUGCACCGUUCACACGAUAUCCACGUACACGUUGUUCUACAAUUUACGGGAUAACAAAUACGUCCAAAUGCUGCAGCCGUAUAACACUAGCAUGGUCCUGGGUGUAACCGGAUUUUGGGGCGGCAUAUUGGCAACACCCUUCGCCAAACUGGCGGUCAUUCGGCAGGCGGAUCUUACGCGCGGAUCCUACGAGAGGCGCAACUAUCGAAAUUUCUGGAGAGGACUCACUUGUAUGUACGGAAAGGGAGGAUUUAUAUAUCUUUUCACCGGCUGGAAGAUAAACUCGUUUAGUAGCGCAUCCGUGGCCGCGCUAUAUAAUCCCAUUAGUGAUCAGGUCCAAACGAUGACUUCAUGGUUUCACACGCUCAACGAGCCUUGGAUUAGCGAUCUCGUCACUAUGGCACUAACGGGCAGUAUUAUCACAGUCAUUAUGACUCCAGUGGAUGCGUUGGCUACGCUGACUUUAAACGAAUCCUCACACUAUGGUCGCAUUUCCUAUCCAAAUCUGUGCGAAAAAAUUAUCCGAAAACAUGGCUAUAAAGGCUUCUUUUUUGGAUGGAAACCGGCACUUGUGGCCCUUAUACCACACACAAUAUUGGCAACAUUUGUAUAUCGCUUUUUACUAGAUCGGUACAUAACAUAA